AUGCCUGUCUUUACUGAACAUUCGGCUGCGUCGCGGGAGCUACGCGUUCUCCCUUCAUUUGCUCCACCGUUGCCACGCCUCACUCCGCUGCUAUCACCAGCAACAACAGAGAAGUAUGAAGUGGUAGUUGUGGGAGCAGGCCCCGCGGGGUUAAUGCUGAACUUACUUUUGGCUCGUUAUGGACUGAGCGACGACUCCCUGCUAUGUAUAGAUUCAAAAUCCACAACUUUGAAGUCGGGACAGGCGGACGGGCUUCAACCUCGCACACUGGAAACAUUGAAGUCUCUAGGCCUGGCAGAUGAAAUUCUCUGCGAAGGGUGUCAGAUGUGGCAGGUCGCCUUCUGGAAUCCAUCCGAAGACAAAGAUAAAAUCAUUGAGCGCACAUCCAUUGUGCCGGAUGUCGCUGUACCCGCACGAUUUCCACAUGAGGUUACCAUCCACCAGGGGCGCAUUGAACGUAUCCUGGAGACAGACUUGCUACGCUAUUCCAAACGAGGUGUUCAGCGAAACACCAAGCUUAUCGAAGUCACCAUCAACGAAGAUGGCGACGCAGAAUUCCCCGUUGUAGCAGAGAUCGAGACAGAAGGCCAGAGACGCAUCUUGCGAACAAAAUAUCUGGUCGGCGCAGAUGGAGCGCACUCAGCAGUUCGACGCAGCAUGGGGCUGAAGCUUGAAGGCGAAUCAAGCGAUCACAUCUGGGGCGUCGUAGACCUAGUUGUCGAUACUGAUUUCCCAGAUAUCAGACGGCGAUGCGCCAUCCACUCGCCGGCGGGAUCUGUAAUGGUUAUUCCGCGCGAGCGUAUCGCUACUGGAGACUAUCUGACGCGGUUGUAUGUGCAAGUGUCUGGGGCUGUCGUUCCCGAUAGUGAUCAGCAGCCGGAACACGGCACUGGCACACCUCCAGUUGCAGAUGCACGGGCGCGCCGGAGUCAGGUCACUGAGCAGACGAUUUUCGAGAAUGCUGCUGCUGCGUUCAAGCCGUACUAUAUUCGACCUAAGAAGGAUGGGGCGGUUGACUGGUGGGCUGCUUAUCAGAUUGGGCAGCGUGUUACGGACAACUUUUCUGUCAAGGAUAGUAAGGGUGUUAACCGCGUCUUCAUCGUUGGAGAUGCCUGUCAUACCCAUAGCCCGAAGGCCGGCCAAGGAAUGAAUGUGUCAAUGAUGGACUCAUACAACCUAGCCUGGAAGCUUGCCUAUUCCAUUAACGGACUCACGCCUACACCCCCCAGCGGACAAGCAGAUCCAAUCCUCGACACGUAUCACCAGGAAAGACAUACCAUCGCGCAUCAGCUCAUCGAAUUCGACAAAGCCUUCUCAUCCAUGUUCUCGGGCAAGAUCGGUGCUGAAGAUGGCGGUCUCACCCAUGAUGAAUUCCUCGAGGUGUUUAGCCGCGGCAAUGGGUUCACCAGUGGCUGCGGUGUUGAAUAUCCCGAGAAUCUGACGGUUAACCGACGUGUUAACGUAGAUCAAAAUCCCAUCAGUGGCACAGAUUAUCUAUCUGGUAAUCUCCGGCCGGGACGAAGACUAUUGAACGUGCGUUUGGUGCGACAUGCAGAUGGAUUCCGCCGGGAUUUGCAAGACGAUUUCACUUCAAUUGGCCGUUUCCGAAUUCUAUGCCUUACGUCAUCGGAUCUCUUAGAUCCCAAGGGCCAUUCAGCAAAAGCACUUACCGCUCUGAGUGGUACUAUCUCGCGAUUUCCGAAAUCUGUCGUGGAGCAAGUGGUUAUCCAUCCUCGUCUGUCAAGAGAAUUCAUGUGGAACGACAUCCCUCGGGAGGUAAAAGAGCAUUCUGAGAUGGCAUUCUACAGUGGAUAUGAGAUGGAUGAUGUUUAUGGUAUUUAUGGUGUCAACCCUGCCGCCGGUGCUGUGGCAGUUGUCCGGCCUGAUGGUUACAUUGGUGUUAUUGUGUCUUUGAGUGAUGUGGAACAUGCCCAGAGUUACCUGGAGACGCUGAUUAGAACUGUCUAA